AUGCAAGACCAAUCACCCUCAGUAACUGAAGAACCUCCAGAAGAACUCGAUGUCAUUGGCAAGGCUCUCAGAGUCCGUGCGACCAGAAGCACGUGCGAAGGUACUGAUGCGGAUCAUCCCACGUCUACGGAAGAUAUGGCUGGCAAACCCGGCAACCUGGACUCGUCCUCGUGCAACCAAGAUCAAGAUGAAAGCAAGGAUGGACAGCAGGAACAGAAGAAAGAAGAACAGCAGAAGAAUGAAAAGGAGGAACAAUCCUUUUUGGCGGAAGCCAAGCGGUCUAUUGCCUAUCCAGCAGCAAAGAAAAAGAAACACCAACAGGAUCCUCCAUUGCCCACGUCUACUACUACUGGUGCCACUACAGCCCAAAAAGUCAUCACCGAAAGUGCCAUGUUGGUAGAAGAAAAACGAAACAUUGCAUAUCCCAAAAAGUGCACAUCAGUUCCUCAGACAGCUGCCGACACCAAUGAGCAGCAGCUGAUCCACAGAGAGAAGCAAAUGAUGGCCAAUAAUACCAAAACUGCUGAGGCCAGUGCCCUCUUGGCAAAUGAAAAGCGAAACAUUGCCUAUCCAAGAAGUGGGCCAUCUGCAGCAGCCAAGGGUGGACCAGCAAAGCUACCACCAUCAAUGCUCCACUCCUACAAGCUGCAAAGAGGCUUAUCAAAUAUCCAAGAGGAGAGACAAAAAGAACUGCAGAACGGAGAAAGCUACUAG